AUGGAGGCCAGAGGGUUUUUCUUCCCAAGACAAAGGCAAGUCCUAUUUCUCUUUCUGUUUGGGGGAGUGUCCUUAGCAGGACCUGGAUUUGGACAUUAUUCGGUGACAGAGGAAACAGAAAGAGGAUCGGUUUUGGUCAAUCUGGCAAAAGAUCUGGGACUAGGGGAGGGGGAGCUAGCUGCAAGGGGAACCAGGGUGGUUUCUGAUGAUAACAAGCAACACUUGCUCCUGGAUUCUCAUACUGGGGAUUUGCUCACAAACGAGAAAUUGGACCGGGAGAAGCUGUGUGGUCCCGUAGAGCCCUGUAUGCUGUAUUUCCAAAUUUUAUUGGAUAACCCCUUUCAGAUUUACCAGGCUGAGCUGAGAGUCAGGGAUAUAAAUGAUCACUCACCAGUGUUUCGGGACAAAGAAAUGGUCUUAAAAAUACUAGAAAAUACAGCUGAAGGGACAGCAUUUCGACUAGAAAGAGCACAGGAUUCGGAUGGAGGACAUAAUGGUAUCCAAAAUUACACCAUCAACCCCAAUUCUUUUUUCCAUAUUAAAAUUUGUGACAGUGAUGAAGGCAUGAUAUAUCCAGAGCUAGUGCUGAACAAAGCACUGGAUCGGGAGGAGCAGCAGGAGCUCAGUUUAACACUCACAGCGCUGGACGGUGGGUCUCCACCCAGGUCUGGAACAGCCACUAUUCGCAUUGUGGUGUUGGACAUCAAUGACAACCCCCCGCAGUUUGCCCAGGCGCUCUAUGAGACUCGGACUCCAGAGAACAGCCCAGUAGGAUCCCUUAUUGUUAAAGUCUCGGCAGGAGAUAUAGACUUGGGAGUCAAUGCAGAAGUAUCCUAUUCAUUUUUUGAUGCUUCUGAAGAUAUUCAAACAACUUUUCAAAUCAAUCAUUUUUCCGGGGAAAUCGUUCUCAGAGCACUGGUUGAUUAUGAGUUAGUGAAGUCUUACAAAAUAAACAUACAGGCAAUCGAUGGAGGGGGCCUUUCUGCAAGAUGUACGGUUUUAGUCGAGGUACUAGACACCAAUGAUAAUGCCCCAGAACUGAUGGUAUCAUCACUUUCUAACUACAUUGCUGAGAACUCUCCUGAGGCAGUACUGGCUGUUUUUAGGAUUAAAGACAGAGACUCUGGAGAAAAUGGAAAGAUGGUUUGUUAUAUUGAGGAUAAUCUGCCUUUCCUUCUGAAACACUCUGUAGACAAUUUUUACAUCCUAAUGUCAGAAGGAGCACUGGACAGAGAGACUCGAGCUGAGUACAACAUCACCAUCACCGUCACCGACUUGGGGACACCCAGGCUCAAAACCGAGCACAGCAUAACCGUGCAGGUCUCCGACGUCAACGACAACGCCCCUGCCUUCACACAAAGCUCCUACACCCUGUUCGUCCGCGAGAACAACAGCCCCGCCCUGCACAUCGGCAGCGUCAGCGCCACAGACAGAGACUCGGGCACCAACGCCCAGGUCACCUACUCGCUGCUGCCGACCCACGACCCGCACCUGGCCCUCGCCUCCCUGGUGUCCAUCAACGCGGACAGCGGACACCUGUUCGCCCUGCGGUCGCUGGACUACGAGGCCCUGCGGGCGUUCGAGUUCCGCGUGGGCGCGGCAGACAGAGGCUCCCCCGCGCUGAGCAGCGACGCGCUGGUGCGCGUGGUGCUGGUGGACGACAACGACAACGCGCCCUUCGUGCUGUACCCGCUGCAGAACGGCUCUGCGCCCUGCACCGAGCUGCUGCCCAGGCAGGCCGAGGCGGGCUCCCUGGUGACCAAGGUGGUGGCGGUGGACGGCGACUCGGGCCAGAACGCCUGGCUGUCGUACCAGCUGCUCAAGGCCACGGAGCCCGGGCUGUUCGGCGUGUGGGCGCACAACGGCGAGGUGCGCACGGCCCGGCUGCUGAGCGAGCGCGACGCGGCCAGGCACAGACUGCUGGUGCUGGUCAAGGACAAUGGCGAGCCGCCGCUGUCGGCCACCGUCACGCUGCACGUGCUGCUGGUGGACGGCUUCUCCCAGCCCUACCUGCCGCUGCCGGAAGCGGCGCCGGAGCGGGCGCAGGCCGACUCGCUCACCGUCUACUUGGUCAUCGCGCUGGCCUCGGUCACCUCGCUCUUCCUGUUCUCGGUGCUCCUGUUGGUGGCGGUGCGGCUGUGCAGGAGGCGCAGGGCGGCCUCGGAGGGCCGCUGCUCGGUGCCUGGGGACCGCUUUCCGGGCCACCCGGUGGACGUCAGCGGUACGGGGACCCUGUCCCAGAGCUACCAGUAUGAGGUGUGUCUGAUGGGAGGCUCAGGAACCAGCGAGUUCAAGUUCCUGAAGCCGAUUAUGCCUAAUAUCCAGGUACCGGGUCCUGGGAGGAAUAGUGAAGAAAAUCCCACUACUCCAAAUAGCUUUGGAUUUAAUUAUCAGUAA